AUGUCUAGGUAUUAUCCUAUCAAAUCUGUGCCUCAGAAGCUGCUAAACCAUGGCAAAAAGCCUUUCAGCCAGCACGGGAGAAGGCUGUGCUGUAGCAUCACUCCAAGCACAGUCUUGAUCAUCCUCACUAGGUGCCACAGGGACAAGAUAGUGGUUUUCCUAAGUCAUCUGGGCUGUGACUUCCUACUUGUGACUGGACAUCUUGCCCUCCACAGAAUUCCUCUUCGCAGAACACACCAGAAGUUUGUCAUCUCCACCUCUACAAAAGUUGGUAUCAGCAAGAUUAAAAUCCCCGAAUACCUGACUGUUGCUUACUUCAAGAACAAGCAGCUGCGGAAACCCAAUUACCAGGAAGAGAUCUUCGACACGGAGAAGGAGAAUUAUGAGAUUAAAGAGCAACAAAAGGCUGAUCAGAAAGCUGUGAACUCGCAGAUUUUGCCAAAGAUUAAAGCUGUUCCUCAACUCCAGGGAUACCUGUGA